AUGGGAGACGAGAGCUGGUCUAUUUCGGUGUCUUUGCACCUCAUCCUCACGUCUAGUGGUGACAGCUGUGGCUCUAAAUCAUUCUCCUCAGGUCGCCUCAUACUAUCCUGGGCUGAUCCUCUCUUCCAAACCCCACUGUCUGUGAUCCAGAGCCGAAGACACGUCCAGACCAGGCUGGUGGAGCCCAGAGCAUCCUCCCUGAACAGCGGAGAUUGUUUCCUACUCAUCACGCCACACUACUGCUUCAUCUGGAUCGGAGAGUUUGCCAAUGUCAUCGAGAAGAACAAGGCUUCAGAGUUAGCAAAUUUCAUCCAGAGUAAGAGAGAUUUGGGUUGCCGUGCUAACUAUGUCCAGGUCAUCGAGGAGGGCAUCAGCGCACACAGCCAUGCUGCCAAGGAUUUCUGGAAGAUCCUGGGAGGGCAGUUGAGUUUUCAGUCUGCAGGAACACCUGAUGAAGACGAGCUGUACGAGGGUGCCAUUGUGGAAACAAACUGUAUUUAUCGCCUGGUGGAUGACAAACUGGUUCCGGAUGAUGAUUUUUGGGCAAAGAUGCCCCGUUGUUCCCUGCUCAACCCCAAAGAGGUUUUGGUGUUUGACUUUGGCAGCGAGAUGUAUAUAUGGCAUGGGAAAGAAGUGACACUGGCACAGAGGAAAGUGGCCUUCCAGCUGGCCAAGCACCUAUGGAACGGCACCUUCGACUACACAAACUGUGACAUCAACCCGCUCGACCCAGGAGAGUGCAACCCAGUCAUACCCAGGAAAGGUCAGGGCCGACCUGACUGGGCAGUGUUCGGCAGACUGACUCAACACAAUGAAACCACCCUGUUCAAAGAGAAGUUCCUGGACUGGAGCGACUCCAGGAAAACACCCAGUCCCAUAAAAAACACCAACUACCAUAUCACUGAUCAAAAGGAGCAGUCCACCUCUGAUCAGCCCCAUUCGUACGAUGCCUCCCUGAUGCUGCCCCUCCAUGAGGGGCCCAUCUGCACCAGACUGGAUGGGUUCAAUGUGGGGAGGGGCUACGGCCUGGUGGAGGGAGAGGAGUGGCGGAGCUAUGAGAUCAGCACGCUGGCGGUGGAGGUGUGGCAUAUCCUGGAGUUCGACUACAGCCGACUGCCGCACCAGAGCAUCGGACAGUUUCAUGAGGGCGACACAUACGUGAUAAAGUGGAAGUACAUGGUCAGCACCGCAGUUGGGAGGAGACAGAACCCGGAGCAGCUGAAGACAACAGGAGCUGGGAGGGAGAAGUGCUGUUACUUCUUCUGGCAGGGCCGCAACUCCACCAUCAGCGAGAAAGGAACAUCGGCACUGAUGACUGUGGAGCUGGACGAGGAGCGGGGAGCACAGGUUCAGGUUCAGCAGGGUAAGGAGCCUCCAUGUUUCCUGCAGUGCUUUAAAGGAGGGAUGGUUGUCCAUUCAGGGAAGAGAGAAGAGGAGGAAAACUCACAGAGUGACUGGCGUCUGUACUGUGUGCGGGGGGAGGUGGAGGUGGAGGGCCACCUGCUGGAGGUAGCCUGUCACUGCAGCAGCCUGCGCUCCAGGGUCUCAAUGGUGCUGCUGAGCAUUAGCCAGGCCCUCAUCUACCUGUGGCAUGGCUGCAAAUCUCAGACACACACACGGGAGGUGGCGCUCACCGCCGCCAACAAAAUCAAAGAACAUUGUCCUCUGGAAACGGGCCUCCACAGCAGUAGCAAGGUGACCAUCCGAGAAUGUGAUGAAGGAGCAGAGCCCACAGCAUUCUGGGAACCCCUUGGGAGGAGGGACAGGAAAGCGUAUGACUGCAUGCUGCAAGACCCAGGUAGGUUUAACUUCUCACCACGUCUGUACCAGCUGAGCAGCAGCUCAGGGGAGUUUGCAGCUGUGGAGUUUCUAUACCCUGCCAGAGACCCCAAGCAGGUCAACUCUAUGCCUUUCCUGCAGGAAGACCUUUAUGCAGCAUCCCAGCCAGCCCUGUUCCUGGUGGACAACCACCAUGAGGUUUAUCUGUGGCAGGGCUGGUGGUCCCAAGACAGUGAAAGCACCGGCUCAGCCCGAAUCCGGUGGGACUCGGACAGGAAGUGUGCCAUGGAAACUGUGCUGCAGUACUGUAGAGAAAAGAACGCAAAGAAGCCUCCCAAAGCUUAUCUGAUCCAUGCUGGUCUGGAGCCACUCACCUUCACCAACAUGUUUCCCAGCUGGGAGCACAGAGAGGACAUCGCUGAGAUCACUGAGAGGGAGGCAGAGGUGUGUAACCAGAUUAUCCUAGUGGAGGACGUGUUGGCCAGGCUGUGUAAGACCACAUACGCCCUGGCAGAUCUUCUGGCACGGCCUCUGCCAGAGGGUGUUGACCCUCUUCGCCUGGAGAUAUACCUGUCUGAUGAGGACUUUGAGAAAGCCCUGGAGAUGACCAGAGAGGAGUAUGGGGGUUUGCCUGGCUGGAAGCAGGUGAACUUGAAGAAGGCCAAAGGUCUUUUCUAAAUGGUUGAAGCGGAGAGCUGACCUGAAGACAUCAGAAAAAAAGUAAUUUGUCUCCUCUUUUGUUUACAUCUGGACACAAACAGAGGCUCAGGGGCUUCCUCUCCUGAGUUAACCCUGUAAUGGUGGGUUGAGGUCGACAAAGGGAGGAAUGAAGGUGUGGAAGAGGUGAUCGAUAAAUGAGAGGUGUGCCAGCUUCUUGUGCUGUAAAUUUCUCAUCUUCUACUUUUUCAGUUGGUAUUUUGGUUGCAUAUGUAGGAGACAAAUGUAUGUGGGUGCACCACUGAGUGGGUGUGUUUAUAGUUAUUCUUUAAAGUCACACUCUGUUAAUAUUUGUACAUAUGUACCAUAUGCAGAACAGCCAGUUAACCCUUACAUUGUCAGCCAUGCAACGAUCUCAUAUAGUGGGAGCAGGCCUGUCAGCCUGUUCAACACACUCCACAUUAGAAUCUGCUAUUCUUAUAUGUAUAAUUUAUAUUUAUAUCAAAUCCAUAUAGGAAUUUAAAAAAAAAGCCAUAUAUAUUUACUGAGCUGAAAAAUCUCAUGAUUGAAUAAACUGUGUAAUUCAUGUUGAGGUGGUUUGUUUCAUAUGGUGAUAACUCUCUCUUGCUGUACAGUUCACCAUUUGCCAUUUACAAAUCAAAUGAUGCAGCUUUAUUUAGAUGUGUCUAGUGUCGCAGAUAGAAGAUGAUGAAAUGUAUUUGAUUUUUAAAACCUACAUUGUAUAGUGCCUUGCUUUCGUGUACAGUUUAUAUACAGAUCCUAGUCUGCAUUUGAAGACUUUUUGUGAUAUAAAUAAAUAUUAGAGAAUAAACCCUGAAAGUUG